GCGAGAUUAGAUGAGGCAACAAAGAAUUUGAAGACAUUUGAAGAAGGAGAAAAUGAUAGGAAGUGGUUGAACGAGUUGAGAGGAAAGGUGAGAAGAAAAGAGCAGCUUGAUGAAGAUGACAAGAGGCAGCUGGAGAGACUGGAAAAAGAAGAAGAGAGGUUGAAGAAAAACGUAAACGAUUGGAAGAACCAAACGAUUAAUUUACAAAAUAAAUUAGCUGAAUUUGGUAAAGGAGAAAGUAAUAAACAAAUUGCGUAA